AGACACAUUUGUGGUAUCCAAUGGCAGGAAACAGCUCUUGUUUUGAACAUCACUGUUAAAUGUCUGUGGGGUUUCUUCUGGGGAUUCCCAACCCCCUCCAUUUAAGGGUGGGGUGGUAACAGUAAGUUUCUUGUUUCUAGUUCAAUACUAUAAGCUGACACAAUGUAAAUCCAGUAGCCAUGGGAGCAUGCAGACUACUACCGAGGCUGCUGUCAUAUGGAUUUUUUAUAUCCAGUUUUAUCAGCAUGUUGUCCUUUUAUGGAUGGGACAUGUCGCAAAGGCUGAGAGAAAAGAGGAUACAUCAGGAGAACGAGGACAGGAUGAAGUUGAUAAAUGAAAUGUGUCAUCUUGAGAAAAAAACAUUUUUAGAACAAAGUUAUCACAACCUGCUUGUGGAUGACACUCAUGGUCUCAUCUACUGUUAUAUUCCCAAGGUGGCAUGUACCAAUUUGAAGAGAAUCAUGAUUGUACUGAAAAAAGGUGAGCCAUAUGGUAACCCCAAUAAUAUAACUGGAGAUAUCCAUGACAGGCUUCUGCGUCUAGAGCACUUGCCAACAAAGGAGAUCAAGGUGAAGCUGAAGCACUACACCAAGUUCAUGUUUAGCCGGGACCCAUUUAUCCGUCUCAUCUCUGCCUACCGAAACAAAUUUGAGGAAUUAAAUGAGCCCUUCUACAAGGACUAUGGCCGAGACAUUCUGCGUCUCUAUGGCAAACAUCUUAAUCCACCAAAGACAAUGAAGGAGGCACUUGCAUCAGGCAUACGCAUUUCAUUUUACAACUUUAUUCAAUACCUGCUGGACCCACGGACUGAGCAGAGAAAUCCCUUUGAACCCCACUGGAGGCAGAUGCACCGAUUGUGCCACCCCUGCCUCAUACAGUACGAUUUAAUUGGACAUCAGGAGACUAUGCAAGAGGACACUGAACAUCUGCUCAAGAUCUUAAAGCUGCAGGAUGACAUUAAGGUUCCCUCUGCAUAUGUCAAUGUGACUACCAACGAUUCUGUGAUGAAAUGGUUCAAAACAGUGCCUCUAGAGGACAGGAGGAAACUGUAUAAGAUCUAUGAGAAAGACUUUAAGCUCUUUGGCUACAGGAAGCCAGAUGAACUGCUAAAAGGUUGAGAUGUAUCAUCAGAUGGUGCUAGGGCUGAACAAUUUUGAAUAAAUAUCUAAUUGCAAUUCUUUUGACAGGAAUUGCAAUUUCAAUAUGAUUUGUGUUAUCAGAGGAAACAUAUUUAACAUGAUUACUACGCUUUUCCACUACCCAGCUCCAGCACAGCUCAUUACAUUCCAUGUCAUUUAGCAGACGCUUUUAUCCAAAGCGACUUACAAGGGAAUUGAGUACAGCCUGCCAGGGGUGGAGUUGAACUUGUGACCAUGACGUCUCUGCAAACAGGGGUACCGGUCUUAAAUUAUUACGACAAAUAUUUGUUGUAUAUACACACAACUAUACAGGGUGUCAUCAAACAUUUAUUACUGUGGGACUCAUAAUAAUGUGGGCAAUAUAAGCGGACACCCCCCCAUUCUUAGUUCUUCUUAAGUGUGUACUAUAUUCUAAUUUCUUUGUUGUCAUUAUUUUUAUUUAUUUGUUUAUGGACAUUUGUGCACAAGACAAGCUAAUAUUUUCAGUAGGUUAAAAUGUGGAUAUAAUGAGUGAAACGCUCACAGGCACUCUAAGGCAG